CGCUGGGGAUUCAGUCGCCACGCAAGCAGCACCAAGUUAUCAUCCAUUACUGCUGCUGUAGGUUCUGCUGUCUCAAUCUAUCCUACCUAGUGGGUAGGGUUUAACAGAGAACUGAAGAGAACACAAGAUGGAACACCAGUACUCUCUCAAGUGGAACAAUCAUCCGCAGAAUAUUUCAGCUGUAUUCGCCAAAUUAAGAAAUGAAGAGCUUUUUGUUGAUGUAACCCUUGCAACUUCGGACAGGCAGAUUAUCAGAGCCCAUCGUGUUGUUCUGUCUGCUGGAAGUGUGUACCUGGAGAAGAUUUUAGCGAUCACACCUAGCGAGCAUCCUACCCUUGUUCUAUCCAACCUCAAGUAUAAAGAACUUAAACUCCUGGUUGAUUUUAUGUACUCAGGUGAGAUAUCUGUAGAUCAACCUCUACUGGGAAGCCUCCUAGAGGCCGCUAACUGGCUCCAGGUUAAGGGUCUCUAUGAGAAUGGAUUGGAACAGGAUCCGGAGCUAGAACAUGAGCGUUCAGAAACUGAACCUAGUAUUGCAAGUAGUGAACCCAAAUCUCCGGUAACUCUAGAUCUAGACCAAUAUCGUAGAAAGAGGAACCACAGCGAGGAGAGCGAGAUCAGAUGUGAAUCCCCUGAAUCCCAGAAGAACUCCUCACCCCCAACCAAAGUACCCAGAUCUGUGUUUGGAUUGACGAACACGGGUUGGAUAAUGGAUUCAAUCAAGGAAAAGUGUAGUGAAGAAGUCAAAGUAAAUGAUAUGCCAGACAUUCCAAACCUUCUUAACCUAGCAACCCAUCAAAAUUUUUUACAGCAUUUAAAAACUGAAUCGCCCAGUAAACCUGUUCUAGAACCCUCUAUAAACGAACACAUGCUUCAAGCAAUGCAACUCUGUGGAACAUCGUAUCUAAGUCAGCUCGCAGCACUCCAGAACUGUUCCCAGAGCAAACCCAUGUCUUCAUUCACCGGUUCUUUCACGUCCUACGCAACCAGCAAUGCAAUGUCCUCCGGUUUCAAGGGCGGACUCCUCAACUCUGCUCCGGUCCGGAGAUACAAACAGUAUUCAGAGGAUACUCUCCAGGCAGCGUUAAAGGAGAUCAUGGAGGGACAGUCUAUCAAUAGGUCGAGUAUGAAGUAUAAUAUCCCUGCUAGAACACUACGGGAUUGGAUGAAAAGGUUGAAUAUCAAGUCUGUGUAUACACACCAUGCCAAGGAUAAGGAUGGGAGUAUAGGAAGCACGAGCCCGGAGCCGGAGAUAAAUCUAUCUUUAAGUGAAAAAUUUAGAAACGUGGCUUUCCCUGGACUAUCGGCCAACAGCUCCGGAGAUAUCGACGAAGAUGACACUGAAACCCUGAAAAUUGACGAGAGUUGUCAAAGUUUCAGUUCAGUCGCGGAAAUGGCGGCGUAAACAUUUGCAUUUUGCUUUCUUUGUGGCAUUUAUAGUUUAUAUUGAUAUAUUAUAUAUUUUAUUAUUAUCGCACGUGGCAUUUUCCCCCCGGGGCAUUUAUUCAUUUGAUAAAACAACAAGACAACGUCUUCCAUUUAAUGUUUAAAGAUUAAACUAGUGUCUGAAUGAAUGUAGCAAAUGUUUUUAAAAAGUGUGUUUGUGAUAUUUUUGUUUUUCCAUUGUUCUGCACCAAUAUUUACUAGAGUUUAUGCACUGUAUUCGCACUGUAACCGAGUACUGUCCGUAUUGGCUUUCACCAAAAGUGCCUUUUUAACCCUUUUAACAGGUUUAUAUUAUUUAGUGCCAUUAUCAUGAUUAUUUGUACAUUCCUCUAUAAUGUGAUGACUGAGUUAUUGAGCUUUCAUAAUAAAGUUUUGCAAGUUAGUAUUUUCUAAUAAAUGAAGUGAAAUAA